AUGUCAGGGCGAAUAUCGUCAAAUGUCUUUGUUCCGAGUCCGUACGCUGGUGAACCUAGUUCAAUCGCUGGCGUUCUGGAGCAAUCAGAACCCGGAAAAUCGACGCACGGAAGGAAGCUCGCUCUGAUUCUUCAUGGCUCUGGCGGCCACAAAGACUACCUUUUCUUCAGGAAGCUUGCUACCACUCUACCCAUGGACACUUUUCGCUUCGACUUUCGAGGGCAUUUCGAAUCACCUGGUAUUUGGCGGCAAAACUCAUUAGAACAGGAUGUUUUGGAUCUCCAUGUCGUCACAGAAUACCUCACAACCUAUUUUGGGUACCAUAUCGAUUUGAUUGUCGCCCACUCUCGUGGUACGAUACUCGCCGUGCGCUGGCUAUGUACAACUGAGGAAGGGAAAAAUGUUUCGGGAUUUGUAAAUGUGGCCGGUCGAUAUCGCAUCCGAGUGAAUGAAGAUGAAACCAAGGAAUGGAAUGAAAGCUUCGCUGCUCAAGGAUACCAUCUCUUGAACCUCAAAGCCUUCAAGAUCAAAGUUUACCCCGAAGACAUAGAUACGUUCGCUAAUUUUGAUGGGUCGCUGGUGGAAUCCAGGUUUCCUCAAAGAACUGAUGUUCUAACGAUACACGGGAUGCUGGACAGGACAGUGCCGGUGUACGAAGCCGUGCUGUACGCAAAGACCCUCAGCAAGCGCUACCCCGGGACGCACUCCUUGCACCUCAUGGAGAAUAUGGAUCACAACUGUACCGGACGGUACGACGAAGUGGUACGGACCAUUUUUGAUUGGUGGGAUGGCCAAUUGAAAGGGAAGCUCCAGUCAGGUGUCUGGAAAGGGACGGAAGAUGCGAAGGGCAAACUGUAA